UAUUUGGCAGGAAGUUAGCUGCCGUUAACCGGAAGUUCAACAAUGAGGACACUCUAAGGAGCAGGAAUUGGCAAAGAGCUUUCCUGCCAGCUUUUUUUUAUUCUUUUUAAGAAUCCAUCUAGAGCAGGAAACACACAGUUAUCCAGCAGAGUUGGAAGGAAAAAUGCAGUAAUGUCUUCAGCCGUAGAUCUGAAGACCAAGGAGGAAAAGGACGCAGAGUUGGACAGACGGAUCGAAGCUUUGAGGAAGAAGAAUGAGGCUCUGGUCAAGAGGUAUCAGGAAAUUGAGGAAGACAAGAAGAUGGCAGAGAAGGAGGGUAUUGCCGUGACAACAGGCCGUAAGCCCCGCCCACAGGAGCCAGAAUCUGAGCGGCGGAAGACUGAGAAGGAGAACUUUACCGUCACUGUGGACCUCUCCAAACCUGCCGGGGAGAAGCGAGUGGUGAACAACUGGAAACCCGGUACGCCUCGAGGCCGGAAGACGUCGGAAGACGACGACAACCGGGGGGCGAGCGACGGCCACAGCCCCCCGCGGAGGACGGGAUCUGGGCGGAUGGGGCGAGGAGGUCAGAGGGGCGGAGGCGAAGGCGGAGGCGGUCUGCAAGAGAGGAGGGAGUGGGAAUCGAGGACUCACAGAGAGGGGGAGUCUGAGCCUGGAGGCCAGGGACGCAGAGGAGGACGGAGGGGGAGAGGGAGAGGAGGUGGAGGUGGAGGUGGAGGUGGAGGUGGAGGAGGAGGAGGAGGAGAAGGGGGAGGAGAAGGAGGAACUGCAGGUGGAGUGGACAAGAAGUCAAAGGAAUGGGAGGAGAGGAGACGUCAGAACAUCGAGAAGAUGAACGAGGAAAUGGAGCGGAUAGCGGAGUACGAGCGCGGCCAGCGGCCAGAUGGAGACAAACCGAUCCGCAACUUCCUGGACGACCCGAGGCGUUCUGGACCCGUGCCGGACUCCGACCGCAAGGAAGGCAGCCGUAGACAUGUGCGAAACUGGGGGGGGCUGGACUUUGACAACGUGAAGACGGGAGCGGAGGUGGAGAGAGAGUGGACUAGCCGGAGGCCGGGUCCAAAGGGUUCCGUGGACAUGACCAUGUCCAUGACGGGCCGGGAGCGAGCGGAGUACCUGCGCUGGAAGAAGGAGCGCGAACUGAUUGACGAGGAGAGGCUAGCGCGCCAUCGCAAUGCCACGGGACAGUGGCGGCGAGAGUGGGACGCCCAGAAGACGGACGGGAUGUUCAAGGAUGAUUCCCAUGUGGCUGCAGAAGGUGUCGCGUCUGAGGCCGGCAGCAGAAGAGACGACAGCAAGCGGCCUCCGAGAGCCCCGACAUUUGCUGACUUCCUGUCGCAGGGCAAGACGCAGGGAGGCCGGGGGGAGCGGGGCCGAGGGCGGGGCCGCGGACAGAAGCAGAACUACAGCAUGCAUGACGACCGCUGGGAGGGGGACCAGGAGGAAGAGGAGGAGGAGAAAAGAGAGGAGAGGCCGAAGAAGAAGGAGGAGAAACAAACUCCUCCCACUCCACAAAAGGUGGAGGAGAAGAAUGACGGCGAGGCGGGUGAAGACGAUGAGGACGAGUGGGAGGAUGCUAGCGAUGAAGAGGAAAACGACACGGUGGAGAGAAGAGGCGGCUCGGAAUGGGUUGCCAGGGGCGACGGGAAGAAGGAUUCUGGGAAGGAAAACAGCAAAGGCAGCACGCCCACGUCUCCCCAGGCUAGAUCACGACCGAUGUCAACCGGAAACCCCAAAGAGCAGCGCACGCCACGCCCCAAGGUCCACAUUCCCUCCCCCGCGGCCGCAGUUCAGGAGCCCGCAGUAGGAGCCAAACCCCUCAGCCCCUUCGACCCGCUGGAGGGUCACCAGCCGGUGUCGGACUGGGGAGAGGAGAUGGAGAUGGUGUCGCCCCGUUGCAGCUUGGGAAACGAGAGCCCGCUAAAGCCUCUGAGCGCCGAAUCCAGCCCUCCGAAGAAGAACGAGGAAGAGGAGGGGCUCCAAGUCGCCAGCGAACCCCCUGAGCCGCAGAGGGCGGAGCCAACAGCUGCUCCUCCUUCUGCUCCUUCAGAAAAAACUCACCAGUCUGUAACCGGGUCAGAACCAGAGGCGGCCCCCACAGAGUCCCUCCCCGAUGUGGUCGUUGACUCCGCCCCCUCACAGGUCACAGAGGACCAGGAUGCACCUGUUCAGUCAGAAGCGGACCGACCCGACCCGGCCUGCACCCCGCCUGAGGCCCAGCAGAACCCCCCUGAUCCAGCAGCAGGGGUAGAGGACGCCGCGGCGCCCGGAGAGACCGGAGCCGCUCCAGAAGCAGCAGCAGAGCCGGCGCCGACCUCAGAGCAGACGCCUCCUUCAGACUGAACCAGAAAGGAUGAAGAUCCUCUUGGAUGAAGAUGAACAAAUGAUUUGAACCAUCCAGAGGAGGAGGAGGAGGAGGAGGAGCAUCUCCUUCAUGACCUGCAUCUUCCUGAUGCUUUUGCUCUGAGCCGCUGCCUCACAUCUGGAUCCACAUCCCUUUCAGAACAAAAGCACCAAAUGGAAGUUCAGCGUCAGAACUUCUGGUUUGGGUUUCACCUCUUCAGGCUUUUCUGCAUGAAGAAGAUCCGACAAUAAGAUGCUUUCAUUUCUGUCUUUGGCUCGUCAAACAACUAAUCAUGUUUUCUUUUGUAUUUCUUCGAUGAAUUGUGCUUUUUUUGUGUGCGAUAAUCAGUCUUUGUGAGAACCUCUCCAUGAACUUUGUCAAAAACGUUUUUUAUUUGAUCGACUGGCUUCCAGAAGCUGCAGAUGGAAACCUGGAUCUGCAUCCCAAACGCUGGUUUCAAUCUUGAUUCCUGCUGAUACCUCCUGGAGUCUGAAGCUCCUCUCUACUUCGUACCAGAAUGACGGCUGUCACAUUUCAGAUUGAGGUUCCUCCUCAUGCGUUCCACUCUGAAUCAUGUCCUCCUGAGGCCGCGGUGACUCGGAUGCAAACACACCUUUCUUAUGCCGUAGCUGUUUCUGCAUUUUAAAGACUUUAUUGUACUUUAAAUUAAGGACUACUCCUUUAUUUGUCUAUACAUUUUUCUGUUACUACCGAGUGGAAGCUCAGUUUCCUGAGCGGAGUGGAGCCGUCUCCCGGGUUUGUCUAAAAAGGGAAGAAUCAACAGGGUUGCUUUAUUGUCUUUAAGCUGUAGAUCUGACAGAAUAAAAAAUAUAUGCAUUUAUGCUGAACAAAAGUG